ACACUUAUUGCCUGUCACAUCUUAUUACAUAUGCAAGUCAUUACAUUUCGAUAUAGAUAUAAUGUGACAUUGCUUAUGUGACAUUGCGUGACAUCGAUUCUGUGAAAUUGCGUGACAUUGAUUGUAUGACAUGCCAUGGCAUGAAUUAUGUGACAUUGUAACCUCGUCCAGGUUCAAUUGAUGAGCACUCCCUCUAACGGACUAAAGAACUGGGUGAGCGCCGGUGUGGAGUACACGAAUGGGUCUAUCUGGGUUGCUCAACUCGCGUUUAAAGCCUUCAUGCCAUGGAUAACCCGGCCAGUGCUGAUCGUCACUACGGCGAUACAAGAACAGGCGACGGAUGACGUUCUACAAGGAUCUCUAGUCCUGAAUGUGACAGUCAGUCAUGACACCGCCAAGACAACAGCUGAGGCAAGCGAUGUCUUUGUGCGAAUCAGCACCCCAAAAUUCCUGACCUACGCAUCCAAGGAGGGGUCCGAGGAGCUAGUCAGCAACACUGUUCAUACACUGACAUUGAAGAUUCCAAGUCUGAGCUUUUCAUCCAAAAGUCAGUUCAAUGUGACAUAUCAGAUCGAUCCGACCAAAACAAUGGCUGACGGGAAGGUCCACAGGGGCUCACUGCUCGUUCGCGCCAACUGCUGCGAAAAGAAGGUCGCGCUGAAGAAGAUAAAGGCCUUCAAAUUCUACGUACCACGAGCCGCUUGCGACGCUGCCCUUGGUAUGGCCAGCGGUACUAUCACAGAUGCCAUGCUCUCCGCAUCUUCCGAGGCCACUGCUAUCGGAGCUGCUGUGAAAGGCAGACUCAACAAUUUAAACGCCUGGAUUCCAUUCAUACACAACAAAUGGCAAUUCUUCCAGAUCAACUUUGGAGCGAUGAAAAAGGUUGGCCGUUUGGCUGUGCAGGGCCGAGGGACCGGGUACAAUGACGAUAUCGAUGCGUACGUUAGAAGCGUCUCAUUCUACUCCAGCCUCGAUUGCGCGCAAUGGAAGCCCGUGAAGCGUGGUGGGAAAACGAGGGUAUUCCGAGCAAACAAGGAUCGCACCAGAACUGCAGUCAUCCCUCUCGGUGAAGAAGUUGAAGGGAAAUGCUUCCGUAUCGAGCCAAAAAGCUGGAAUACCCAGAUUAAUAUGAGGGUAGAGUUGUAUGGGUGCGCCUCUUCUGCUGCUGACCCUGCAGGUUUUGUGGCUAUGGCAGCUCGCAUGUUUUUGCUGGACACCACCUCCAACUUCUUGUUCUUCUGCGCACCAAGAGUGGACAGAAAGCCACAGGACCCAAGCUGCUUCUACACUAAGAACAACGGAGAAUCUUACUACGCUAUUGACCCCAUAGUUCUUAACAUCAAAUACCUGGACCCAACGAAGAAACUGCUCUACGGUAUCGGGAACAACGGACUGAAGUUAGCAUGCGCAGCGGACGCUGUCUCGGAGUGGGGGGUGAUCGCGGACGCAGAGUACACUGCAGCCUCCUCGGCCUCGGGCGUGCUGCAAGCUAAAUCCGCUGACCACCUAACAACCACUGCAUCCGGGGCACAGCCACUUGCCGCUGACCAGCUGGCCCUGACAAGCGGACAAACAUGGGGAGCCACUGGCGAGGGACUCCAUUACAAGGCGAGCUCAUCUUGGGCUCUGAAGGCCACCUGGUACUAAAAAAGUGCUGCACUUCGCGUAGUCAGGAUCGUAUUAAUUUUUUAGUAGUAGACGCUCAUCGUUUUAGGUCUUGAACUUGACUCAAGGUCGCUCGUACUGCGAAGACCGUGUAUGUAUAGUAACUGCUGAAUGCCCCACCUUUCCCCCUCUCUCCUCCAACCACUGGCGUGGAUCCAGAACUAGUGAGCACAAUGAGCCAUGGGACGGUUUAGCGCUGGCACACAGGACCAUGGGAAGGGUGAACCGUACCCAAGCUCCCCUAGGCGCUUAGUCCGGUCACGCUAGUAAGCCCAUGGGUCUAUUCUCUUCUCUACUAGGUCUAGCCUAUUCUAUUUGCACUUGACUAAACACCACCUCCUGUUACAUGAAUACGACUAUCAUCACCCCCUGUUACAUGAAUACGACUAUCAUCAC